AUGCUUGAACGCGAGCCGGCAUUGUCGCCUCUGCAGGGGUUUCCCCAGGAGUUACUGGGCGAGGUCCUCACAGCAUGCCUACCUCCCAUCCUCGACCACCACGCUCGCCGCCAGUUCCUCAUUCUGCGCUCAGUCUGCCGUGAAUGGAGGCAAGCGGCGUUCGGGACACACGUCCUAUGGGCUGGUAUCAUAUUCCGGAUGCACGAAAAGGCAGAGUGGACGAAGGAGGGGCGUAUACCUUGGCAGGCUAUUCGUUCGUGGUUCGACCGUGCGGGCGCUACACCACUUCAUUUCGAACUUGUGUUCGAUGUGGGGAGGGAUAAUCCUCGUGGGAUGCCUGUCCCUGAGGGUCUGGAGGAGGAUUUGCCGAAGCUUUAUGGGUUGUUGAGGGAGGAGGGGAGGGAGUGGAGGGGUGUUUGUGUUGGGUAUGUUCCGUCGUUUGGUGCGCCACUGGAGUCGUUCCGGGGGAUGCUGGAGGGGAAUCUGGCUUUGUCGGCGGGGGAAGGAAGGGGAGGAGGAGGAGGGAAGUCUGCUUGGAGGGAUCUUAGGACGCUUGGAGUCCCUGUUACCAGUGACCUUGUGCGCUCCCCUGGGUUUGUCUCCUGGAUCGGGAAUCUUGGAAGAUAUUCCCCGAGGUUGGAGGACCUCGAGUUGUUCGUUACUGGCCCUUCCAAGCGUUCAAAGACGAUCAAGGCUCGUGUUGAGCAUCCGGACGUUACGAGGUUGACGCUUACAUUCCAGUCGAUUUCGGUGCUGAAUGUGAUGGAUGUUGCAGUGUGCGGUUUGUCGAAUCUCAAGAGGCUGGAACUGCUGUGUCGCGAUAGGUUCUCCGACACGCGCAAAUAUCCUGAACAGUACGAACUCCACCCGCGAUUCUUCAUGCACGAGCGCAUCGAGGAGCUUGUGGUUGUUUCUAGUUCUGACCCCUAUUAUCCGUUAGAGUUUCUUACUCUCCCCUCCCUUCGUUCUUUGACUUGCCGAUGGAAAGAAAUACCAGGAAAAGGGGGCGUAAUCAGCCCCGACAGGUCUAUUCUCGCGUUCUUGCUACGCUCGGGCGCAGAGCUGCGGGAGGUGGAUCUGGGAGAGAUGGGGCCGCUGGUGGAUGCUGGUCCGGAGGUGUGGUGCGCGCUUGCGGAGUGUACGAGGCUGAGGAGAGUGGUUCUGUCGAGUUGGACGUUGGAGAGGCAGUUGGAGGCUAGGUUUCGGGAAGCCUUUCUGAAGUAUUGGUCGAGAGUGGGAUCAGCCGUAUGUGAAGGAGGGAGCGGGAGGUCGGGGCCGGGAAGGGUAGAAGGGGAGGAAGGGCUGCCGUUUGCUGCGAUACGCGAGAUCGUUGUGUAUGGACAUUUGGAUAAGGUGGACCUCAAGGCUAUUGCGCGAUACUUCUUGAGGCGGCAGAGUCUUAUUGAGCAGUCCUCCACUUCCAAGCAAGUCAAAGAGAGACUUGACUACGAGCGCCAGUCUUCAAGUGGAGAUGGUGGACAAGAGGGUCUCCCGAGGGUUCAGUCGAGGAAGGAGGAGAUUGUGAUUAAAUUUAGAGGUCGGGAUGGGUAUGCUCUGGAGAAGACUGAGGAGAUGAGAAGGGAUUUGGAGAGUAAUCUAGAGUAUGCGAAGGCCUUUGGAGUGUUGGAUGGUCUAGGUGUACGAGUGGUGUUCGAAGAGGCUUAG